AUGUUGGUAGUUUCAAGAUUAUUUUGUGUUUCAAUAAGCAUUAACAUGAAGUACAUAGCUUUCGCGUUUGUCUUUAUCCUUCAGGGCCUAGUUGUAAAUAGUUUGACGAACACUGUGGAUACAUUUGAGUUUGGGGUGAAUACUGGCAUUGUUUCGUUUACAACAUCAGGCAACAUUGGCUUAUUGGAGAAGCACGUGGAGAUACCUAUAAAAUUACCAAGAUGUAUGAGACUAACCUACGUGCGUGUGGAUGUCGAUAACCUGUUAGGGCCGCCAAAGGUUGAUCUAAACUCAGAUGCAAAUAUUGUAAUUAUACAAUACCGUCCGUUGCAGUUCAGCAAGUCUUCGUACACGAUUGUGGCGAAGGCAAUCCCUACGCCGUUUUGUUCAAUGUAA